AGGAGUAAUAUCUUACUCUACCUCAAGUGCCGGAUCACUGUACACAGCUUUGACAUUUGGCUAUAACAACCUUGUGCGUCCAUCCGGAACUACUGCAGUCACAGUCAGCUUCGGAAUCCUCAGUGUUAAUCACCUGUGGUGUCCCAGAAGGCACCCUACCUGUAGUGGUGUCCCAGAGGGCCCCCUACCUGUAGUGGUGUCCCAGAGGGCCCACUACCUGUAGAAUUUGGUGUCACUCACCAAUACAAGGGAUCCCUCCAGUUUCACGGUGAGGAUGCGUACACCGGAUAUUGCCAUUUAGUGAUAAGGUAUUUUCCGAAAACGUGUUUAUUUUUCGUCAACAAGAUUCAACUUGUUUAUGUGUGUUUAUGCCUGGCUCGACGAACGAAUUUAAGACCAUUGUAUGUCAUUUUGUUGAACACCACCCAAAUGACGAGAAUAUUAUAGAGACCAAAACGGCAAAAAAAGUAAAUUACAAGAUAGUACCAGACAUAUGCAGAGAAAAAAAGCAGAAAAAACUGUUGAUUCAGAAAAUAUCAACAUACUUGUUUCAAAAAAGGAACCCGCUUACAAAAGGGACCAAUUUGCAACAGAAAGAAACCUUUGAUUUGGACAAAUGGAUGUGAGAGGUCAAACGUUUUCAGCAACAGGCUGGUUUGAUGUGAGUUGGACGGACGGUCGAUUCUCAUGGACACCUAGUAGUUAUUCUGGUAUCACUGAAAUGUACCUUGAUUAUACGUACUGCUGGAAUCCAAAAAUUAUCAUAGAUAAUAGUAUUGACGAUGCCAGUAUUCUGGCUGAUGGUGCCUUGUUGUUUCAAAUAGACAGUUCAGGUGUGGUCACAUGGUCUCCUUCUGAGGAAUUCACUGUCCACUGCUCCAUGGACGUUACAUUCUACCCAUAUGAUACACAGACGUGCUUCCUCAGUGUGAAAAGCUGGUCGUUUCCUGCAACAGCAGUAGAACUCAUUUCCGGAGGUAUUUACAGCAAUCAGUAUGCAGAAAAUGAUGAAUGGGAAUUAACAUCGUCUAGUGUGACCACACAGAAUGUCACCACAAAUGGAAUACAGUACAGCAACCUUCUUUACAAGUUUACGAUGACUCGGCGGUCUACAACAAUAUUAUUGACUGUUGUUUUGCCAUUCGUUCUUGCUUCUUUUCUCGGAGUGUUCGUGUUCAUGAUUCCUGCUGAAUCAAGCAAUAAAACUGGCUUUCCUGUUGGUGUACUCGUAGUGGAGGUCGUUCUUCUCAGUAUCAUGAUGGAGGUUAUACCUAUAUCAGCCAGGAAUGUUCCUGUCCUAGGUACAUAUGCACUUGUAUUAGUGAUAUUCAGUUUAUGUGAGACAUUCAUGACAAUCAUCAUCAUAAAACUGUAUCACAACAAAGACAGAAAUAAGCGUGUAACUUACAUUUAUGAACGACUUGCAAUAGUGGUGUUUGCCCUGACUUGCUUCUGGCACGGAGAAAACCGAUCAGGAAAUUCAGCAAGUCCAACCACUGAGUGUGAAUCGACUUCCAUUGAAAGUCCCCAUGUUAACGAAACUCCACCAGAGUUCAAGAAUUCUAUUAAAAGGAGACUAAGCAUAAAAACAAUAAGUCCUGAUUGUAGUUUUGCUACUUCUAGUAAAGAAGAGUUUGAGCGAUCUGGUAGACGCUCGAGAGCAUGGGAUGGUGGUGGCGCCCUCUGUGGUGGUGGCGUAGAACAGAAGUUUACAUGGGAACAAUUUUCGUCUGCAGUUGAUAGAUUUUGUUUCUUCAUGUUCAUGCUUUUACGACUUAUUCUUGCCAUUAUAUUUAUGACUAUGAUUUCAGUUGGCUCAAGUUAGUAUAAAGUUGUUAUACAGGGAAAUAGUGGUAGAGGUUAUAUAUCAAGGACCUACGUACCAUUGUUAAGAGUUGAACUAAAUUAAAUAGGCUUUGAUUCUAAAUUGCACGAAAUCGGACAAGAAAUUAUAAUAUAUGAAAAGUUAGAACAUUAUCUUUUUAAGAUAAUUAUUUUGUUAUAUAAGUUAUUGUUGUAUUUCAUAUACAGUGCUCCUUCUCUACUGCGGCCCUCUGAACAACAAUUCCCUUGCAACAACGCUUGCUACUGACUCCAAAAUAUGCUUAUUGUUCUUUAUUUUACCUCUCUACAACAACUCCCUCCAAACAACAACCAAUUUUUCUGUCUCCCAAAGGGUGUUGUUGUAGAGAGGGAGCACUGUAUAGCAUCUGCAUUCAUUUACGGGUACAUAACGGUAUUAUUACUAAACAAGAAUAAAUCCCUUAUUGGCUCAUUUACUACAUUUAUGUAAGUUUGUAAAUAAACUAAGUAUUUUAGUGGA